CCCUAUUAAACACUUUUCUCUCUCUCUGUUUAGCUCUUUCUAGCUCUUUCUCCAGCAAACAGUUUCAAAGAACAAAGAGAAAGAAAAUAACUUUUUUCUUUCUUUCUUCUUGGGUAUAUUUACACCACAAGCCAAACAAAAAAGACUUUUGGUUGUGGUUGUCUUUGCUUAUUAAGCCAGACUCUCUGAUAACAAAAGAAGUGGGGGAAAAAAAAACUAUCCUAAAAGCAACCAACACAUUUCUCUCUUUUUUUUUUCCUUCAUCUCUUUCUCUCUCUUUGUUCCAUGGACUUGCAACUGAAACAAUGGAGAAGUCAGCAGCAGAAUGAGUCAGAAGAACAUGGUUCUGCAACUAAGAUAUCCAACUUUUUCUUUGAUCAGAUUCAAUCCCAAACUGCAACUUCUGCUGCUGCUCUUCCUCUCUUUGUCCCUGAACCCACCUCUUCCUCCUCUUUCUCAUGCUUCUCUCCUGAUUCUUCCUCUUCCUCUUCCAGGUUUCUCAAGAUGGGGAACUUCUUUAGCUUGGCACAGUGGCAAGAACUUGAGCUACAAGCACUGAUCUACAGAUACAUGUUGGCUGGUGCUUCUGUUCCUCAAGAGCUUCUCUUACCCAUCAAGAAAAGUCUCUUCCAUCAAUCCCCUUUGCACUUCCUUCACCAUCCUCUUCAACAUAACUUCCCUCAUCACCAGCCUUCUUGGUAUUGGGGAAGAGGAGCAAUGGAUCCUGAGCCAGGGAGGUGCAAGAGAACAGACGGGAAGAAAUGGAGAUGUUCGAGGGAUGUUGUAGGCGGUCACAAGUAUUGCGACCGCCACAUCCACCGUGGUCGAAACCGUUCAAGAAAGCCUGUGGAAACCGCCACAACCGCCAACGCAACCGCAGCCACAACAGCCGCAUCUUCUUUUGUCUUAGGCGAGGAGCUUGGUCACAGACCGAACAACCUCUUCUUCUCAUCUGGCUCUUCGCAUUCUUCAACUCAACAUCUUCACCUUAAUAGUCAUCAAAGUUGUUCUUCAGAGAUGAAACAAGAAAGCAACAGCAGCAACAAGAGGCCAUAUGAAGCUCACAGUGGAUUCAGCAAUGGAAGAUCAGACGACGGUCACAUCCUGAGGCAUUUCUUUGACGACUGGCCACGAUCAUCGGACUCUACAUCAAGUCCAAUGACCUCAUCGACUUGUCACCUCUCCAUCUCCAUGCCCGGUAACGCUUCCUCGGAUGUUUCUCUAAAGCUUUCCACAGGAAACGAAGGAGAAGAAGAAGAAAACAUGAGAAACAACAACGAGAGGGAGCAGCAACAGAACAUGAACUGGUGGAGCAGUGGAGGCAACAACCACCACAAUAUGGGUGGACCAUUGGCUGAAGCCUUGAGGUCAGCUUCUUCGACUUCCAGUGUUCUUCAUCAGAUGGGAAUCUCAACUCAAGUCUUCCAUUGAAGAAAAAGUGUUUAAGAAACCAAGUCAAGUCCUCUCUCUCUCUCUCUCUCUCUCUCUCUAUUAGCUUCCUUUGAGUCUGCACUUUCUGCAGAUGUUUUUUUUCUCUGAGUUGUUUUUGUUCCGGUGAUGUUGUUAGGCCAAAAUGCCCUGUUUCUGGAAAUGUUUCCUUUUUCGUCCUUCUGCAGAAAUAAUUUAUGUGUAAAAGUUUGAGACUUUGUAUUUUAGCAAUGAAACUCUGUUUUGCAAGCAAACUAAUAUGAUCGAUCCUCUUUCAAGUUAAC